AUGAAUUUAUAUAAUUUAAAAGAAUUAGAAUUAACUCCAAAUGGUAAUUUAAUUAUUGAAAAUGAUGAAAGUGAAUUUGCAUUUACAAUUAAUAAUUUAAUUCAAGAUUUAAAUAUUAAUCAUGAAUUAAAUUAUUUACCUGUUGAAUAUAUUUUACAAAAUUUUGGUUCAUCCUACAGAUUAAAAGGUGAUACAAUUGAAGAGAAGGAAAAAUUUAGAAAUCGUCAACGUGAAAAGGAAAUUGAACAUGCAAAAUUAGAAAAAUUAAAAAAAAAGAAGGAAAUGGAACAAGUUAGAAGAAAUUUAGAAUUAGAUAAAAAAGAAAGAUUAGAAAAAUUAGAAAAAUUAAAUAAUUUAUCAUCCAAUUCACAUUCACCAUCAGCUAUAUUUGAUUCAAGUAAUAGUAAUUCAAAUAGUAACAAUUCAAGUAAUUCAAGUAGUAACAAUGUAAUUUCCAUUUCAUCAUGUAAUAUAAAUACUCCAUGUUCAAUUCAAGUAAGAUUACCAAAUGGGAAUUGUGUCAAGAUUGAAAAUACCUUGUAUGGAAAGAAUACUCUAAAUGAUUUAUAUCAACAAGUAUUGUUGAAAAUUUCAUCGGAUGGUUUAAAGGAUAUUAGAUUUGAUGAUUUACAGUUCAGAAGACAAUAUCCAAACAUGGAUUUUGAUUCUCGUCAAUUUAAGAAGGUUACAUUAUUGGAAGCUCAAUUAGUACCAAGAGGUUUAAUUGUUUUAUCUGUUAAAAAACAUUAA